AUGCUGAGCAUUUUUCUGCUCAUACGACUCGUUGGCUCCGCCUCGAUUUUGACAUCCACAGUGCCUUCUCAUCGAUUUGAUCGUCUCAUCCAUUCUGUUGUCAGAAAAACGAGUCAUGGCGACAUUCUGCAUCCAACGCUGUGCCCAUCCGCCUGUCAGCACCUCUACCACGCCGACAACUUCUCGCAUCAACUGACCGCGUGCGCUUGCCAAUGCCCAGAAUCACGGCCAGUUUACUUGAGUACGGUAGGCUUUUGCGUCGAUCGAAUAAGCAAGGAAGAAUGUCGGGAAACAAUUCGAUGGCAAACCGAUUCACCAGUGGAUCGUCUGGUUCCCGUUGUCAGACUAUCACCGCACACAAUAGUUCUUCCGAACAAUCCACUUCAGUUUUCCGAAGCUGGUGUGAUUGUGAAUUCUGAAGGAAAAGCGAAUUGCACUCUCGGCCGAGUAUUUUACGAAAAUAUUCACCACAAAUGGAAAACGCCGCCGAGGAAAAGCGUACUUUUCGAGUUGACUUAUAUGAACAAUAUGCCAAUUUUAUAUUUUCGAGGAACGGAGUUCGACGCGUCGUUUCUCGCUGGAGCCGUGGUGCAAAUCAAAAUGCGUUGUGACACCCGAAACGAGUCGAAUCAAGAAUUUUGUAUAGCUUUGAGAAUUUCAGGAAUUUCAGGGGAUCCGACGGAUAUCCUUCAACUUAACACCGAAUUUGCAGGCGCGUUUCAGCACGCUGAUCGCGGCGCUGGAAUUGUCGAGGAGCCGGGCUGGAGAAUCGAAAUGAUUCUCCUUCUGGCGUUCGUCGCAUUCAUCGUCAUCACACUGACGUCGACGUUUGUUGUCUGGAACAUUUGCUGGAAAAUCAAGAAAAGAAAACUGAUAAGCGAUUUCCAAAUGCAAUUCAUUCAGCAAUACAGGCAUCAACAAAAUAAGAUGAAUGCUCAACUUUCCAUUGAUGACAUUGAUAUUGAAGAAGACGUCGGCGCACCGCAUGGCCUUCUUUCAAACCGAAGGCGAUUGUAUUUCAGCUCAGAAUAUUUUGAUCGUGAUCUUCUUGAGAAUCCUCCCCCAAUGGCAGAGCAGUUUCUAUACGAUUUACGAAGAAUGGUCGACGUUGCAAAAGAGCGAAUCCGCCAAAGACGAUUCAUUCCCGUCCUUGGAUCGAUAACAGAAGAGCCGGAAGAAGAAGUAGAAACAGAAGAAUCCGUUCAUGGGCAUGAUGAGCAAAUGACGAUUUCUCAGGAAUCCUCACCGCGAAGUGAACCGAAAUCUGUAGACAGUGGUAGAGAAUCGAAAGAAGAUUCUGAAGAUGAUGAAGACGUCAAGCAGGAGUCGAGAGUUUCAGACAUUGUAAAAAAUUUCGAGAAAAGCCUGACGCCAAGACCGUCUCAAUUGCCGAUUUUAAGAACGUCCUCGAUGAAAUUGCGCAAAAAUUCCGAUGAAAAUGGUCCGAAGUUGUCGCGAUUGCCGCAGCCAAAAAGUUUUGUGACGGAAAAAAAGAACGAACUGGAAUGUCGAAUACGAGCGCCGAGUAGUUUUGGCGGUAGAAGCUUAAAAGAACGAAAAGGCUAUGCCGUGUACCCGUCAGACGGCACAUUUAACAAAUCAUUGCCACGACGACCGAAACGACUUGUAACACCGCCAAAUUAA